AUGGAGGGCAACUUGGGGAUCUUGUACGUCUGCGGCGAGCAAACCGACGGGAAGAUUACAGUCGUGGACAGUCUACUAGGACGCAAAGUAAGAGCAAUCUGCGGCGGCUAUGACCGGUUUGUGGCGUUAGUAGACGCGUGGGAACUCGACUGGGCAGCCAGCAAAGAGAGGAACUUUGAAAGUCAAUUGGUAGAGGAAGGAUUGAAGGAUGUGAAAGUCCACCACGUCGCGGUUGGGAAGAAUCACAAUGUCGUGCUCUCGUUAGACGGUCAGCUUUUCUCGUGGGGUGAACCUGGUACAAUGCUGCAAUGCAGUGAACUUGGCCAUCAGCGUGGCUUGUCUAAUGUGCAGAAGUACCGUGUUAGAACUCCUGGUCCUGAAUCGGACGACACUACAGCUACUGGGAUACCACAUCGCGUCGUAACAGCGCCGGAACUGCUGUUCACUCAAGUAUCUUGUGGUAAACACCACUCUGCUGCAGUGACAGAGAAGGGAGAUUUGUACACGUGGGGUCGGAAUACUGAAGGGCAACUUGGUCACGUGUUCAAUACCCUUUCAAAAGAGGUUAAUGCUGUGGCUAAUGGUAUAUCUGCGUGGCCGAAAUACGUCGGGUUCUUUCUAGGCAAACCUCGCAUUGUAUCGGCCAGUUGUGGCAACACAUUCACCGCGGUUCUACUCGCGGAUGGGAGCAUUUACCUUAUCGGAGGCAGCUCACUUAGACCAGCCUCAUACACUAUUAAGAAAUCGGUACCAAGCUCCAAUACCUUCAACUUGCUACUGGAAAAGGGGUCGGGCGGAGAACCUUUUGUCGCUUUAACAAGCGGAUCGGAGCAUAUCUUAGCGGUAACAAACGUAGGUGAGGUAGUCUCGUGGGGGUUAAAUAUCUUUGGACAACUGGGGCACGGUAGAAAAACAGGACGAGGGAAAUCAGACGUUAAAGGUGGGAAAGCGCUACCCGGUAGUGUGUCUUGUGAUAGAGUAAUCAAGUGGACCAAGGUCUUUGCCGGCGCCAGCUACUCAGCUGCAAUUACUACCGAACAUCAGCUAUAUACCUGGGGAAAUGGAAGCUACGGACAGUUGGGACAUGGGGGUACGUCUUGCGAGUUUGAGCCGCGAUGUGUUGAGGUCUUACAGCACGUUAAUGUCGGGUCGGUGGUGUGUACGGAGCGCAAUCUCUUCGUGUUCGCACCGACCUACAUCUCGCAAAUAGUUCCGGUCUGUGGGGAAUGCAGGGGUGGCUACGAGCUGCGGAUACGCGGCAGUGGAUUCUGGGCUAGUGAGAAUGUUACGGUGAGGUUUGUGCCCCUGACGGAUGGUCAAUUACUUAGAGGUACGCUGGGAACAUUCUGUGAAGCUACGGGGGAGGUGGUUUGUCAAGUUCCGAAGCUGCGGCUGACGGGGGAAUACGCUGUCGAAGUGUCGAUGAACGGGAAGCAUUUCACCACCAACGGUAGGGUUUUUACGGCGUUUAAACGUCCACAAGUUGCUGGUGUGUCAGUGCUCGACGCUCGGUUUGAAGGCGGAGAGGAAGUUACAGUCUCGCUUCGUGGUAGUCUUCCGGAGAUCUGUAGACACCCAAUUGUCAGGUUCGUACGCUGGUUUGACGAACGUUUAGUAAACGUUGACGAAGCCGAUGUUGCGUGUAGACUGCUACGUCUGACGUUACCUGCUCUACCCAGUAAUCAAGAGGGCAUUGCACCGUUCACUCUUGAGAUCUCGUACGAUGGAGGUCUCGUGUUUACGCCAGUAUGUGUGGAUAUAACAUUCGUCUGGAAGGACGACGAAGAUGAAGACGACGACAACUUCAGCCACAUUUCUACACUAGAACCUCACGUUAUCUGGGCUCAUGACGCGCAUCUGGUUCGUGUAAGUCCCAACUCGUUCCUCACUACUGAUCUGCCACAGAAACCUAUGAAUAUGUCGAUAACUCUUAGCAUCGAUGGAGUUGAAGGGAACUUUGUGACGUGUACGAUUCCACGGCUAUCAGAGUGGCAAUGCAUCCCUCCAACUAAGAAUAAAGCUCAAGGUCUACUGACUGAAUGGUGGAAGAUCUACACGAAGACGGGGUUUGUAUCUCACCUGCACGUGUCUAUGAACUCCGGAAGAACGUAUCUGCCAGCUAAGCCCCAACUUGGAGGGAGAAGCCUCUCAACUGCAGCGCAAAUGUUCGGUAUGUUAGCCACGGGAACGUUGCUAAGUAUUUUCCCUAAUGUAGGGAUGGUGUCUGGAGGUACACAAGUAGCUGUUGCUGGCGAUUUCUUCCACUUCGAUACGCAAGAUGCGACUGUGAAGCUCAAGUGGAGAGACAGUAGCGUAGUAUUGCCAGCCAUUUGCUUGCGACCAGAGGAAUCCACGGAAGUUAAAGACGCCAACUCAAGUACCAGACGUGUGGUGUUCCGUACUCCACCGCUGCCGUUUCCCGAUGACUCAGCCACUGCCGCUGCAAUGGAUGACGGAAUGAUCCUUGGAGCUCGAGAAGAAGUCGAAGUGUUUGUAUCGCUGGACGGCGAGCAUUUCACAGAUGCUGGUUUGAGUUUCAUGUAUUGUGCAAUUCCCGAGAUUAGUGGAAUUUUUCCUCAAGAAGCAGAACCUGGAACUAGAAUGGUACUGACGGUGGUACCGGCAGAGAUCGACGAAGGAGCUCACACAGCAGCGUUUGUACUUCCAGAGCUCCCGAUUUCUACGCACGAACUUGUGCAUGUCUCGUUAUCACUCAAUGGUCAAGAGCUCACCGCGGUAGACACAGACUCCACUGUGACGACAAGUGAAGCAAAAAUGAGCUUCCUCUACAAAGGAAUCACAGCGUGA